UUGACAUUCUUUAAUAUGUGUAAAAAAAUAAUAUGGUUAGUUUUUACAGCUUACAUUUUGCUUAUUUGCAGGCCUGAGUUUCUGAACUGCACAGCUCGGACCGGUCUAGACAUGCUCACGAAACACUACUACCAAGCAAGCAACACUUGGGUGGUCUUCUUUGUUCCCCAAACGGAUGCUGACAUCGCAUUCUACAACGAGUUCAUGCAUUAUCUAGGAGAGAAGCAGCGCGCUGCAGUUGCUAAACUAGGGGAGAAGCUCACAUUAUUUCUUGUGCCGCCGUCUGAUUUUUCCGAACAAGUAUUGAAAGUCCCCGGAAAAGUUAGCAUCUCUGGCGUGGUUCUCCAGUUCCAGCAGCCCAGCCCUAAUUUCACUUCAAUGCAGCACUCAACCGAAGUCUCAAAAUCGAAAAUCCCAGCCCUCGGAAACCGAUCGAGCGUUGACGGCAGUAUUCGUGAAGAUUCCUCAUUUAGAAAGCUUAACUCCCCCGAUUUUAGGCCAUUCUCUCAGGGUCAGAGCUAUUUAGGGUCGUCUUCUGCAUUUCCCCCACCUCGUAAAUUCGAUGAAUAUUCUCCGUACAUGGGUUCUUUAAAUCCGCCUGAAAGGCCACCUGAUUUCCGUGAAAAGAUCGGACAGAACCAAUUUCCACAGCAAACUCAGACAGCGCCCUCGAAUCGGCUCAAUCAAAGCAAUGCAUCCAAUUCAUCACUUAAUGCCGCAGAAGCAUUCCCCUUGUCUAAUCCGGGGGUGCCACAUGGAGCCACCUCGAGCAAUCUUAAUCCGGAAACUUCUAGUAGCACUAACAUUCCAUUCUCUUCUGCUAAGAUUCCACAACAGGCGGAAGCUAAGUAUCAGCCUUCUACGUCUCUGCCACUUCCUCUGCAGCCGGAUCAGCUUGCUCAACUCGCGACUCUCCUCGCCCAACAAAAGCAAUCAGGUAAGGAGCCAAUCUCAUCUGCAGACAAAGAGAGCAGACAGUCUAAUAUGUUCCAGAACCCUUCUUCUGUCCUACCGCAAGUCGCGACAUCAGCAACUCCCAAAGUUGCAUCUGGGCUGCCUCCUAACCGGCCUUUUGAUUCCUCUGCAAGUGCUUCUGGGGCUUCUGGUUUUUCAGCUACCCAGAUAAGCCAAACGCAAAGUCUACAGCAGAAUAUUUCUGCGUUACAAAUGAUGGUUAGUUCUGGCCAAGAGAGUGGCCAACAAGCGCCAAAUAGCUCGCGUGAAGAGCCGGAAGCAGAUCCCCAGAAGCGGCUUCAGGCAACUCUGCAGUUGGCUGCUGCGCUACUUCAGCAGAUCCAGCAGCAAUCUAAAACCGGCGAUCAACGCUUCACUGCUGAAUCCAAUAUGAGCUCAAUCUGAGCCUUUUAUCUCUCCAACAGCAUCGUCCGAAGCGAAACCCUAUUUCCGGCUCAGGUUUGACGCGAAAUUUCUCCUUGGUAAUGUGUGUUUAAAUGUAGAGCAGUAAGAUUCUUGAUUAGUGAGUAGUUAAAACAGUGAGUUGGUAUUAUCUUAAGACAAAAAUGCCAUGCCUUUUAACUCCUCUCUUGUUGAUGUUUAGAAGAAACUACAUUGGAUUUUGUCAUGCAUCAAAGUUUUGUUCACGAGUUCUCGACUC